CUCCGUUAGCCCACACAGUCCGGGGCUGCGGCGUGCCAGGCGCCGGGAGCCGCCGAGCUCUUUGCCCGGGAAGAGGGGCCCGGGAGACCACCCAGGACAGGAGCGCCCGCCGGCAGCCCGCUCGCCUGAAAAGGGGCGAGGCCGGAAAGGGGCGGGCCCGGGCCGUGGCGCCAAAACGCGGACAUGGCGCCGGAGCGGGUUCGGAGCCGGGCGCUCUCGGCGUUCAAGCUGCGCGGCCUACUGCUCCGCGGGGAAGCUGUUAAGUACCUCACAGAAGCUCUUAAAUCUAUCAGUGAAGAAGAGCUUGAAGAUGCACUGGGAAAGAUCAUUGAUGCAGUUGAAAAGCAACCCUUGUCAUCAAACAUGAUUGAACGGUCUGUAGUGGAAGCAGCAGUCCAGGAGUGCAGUCAGUCUGUAGAUGAAACUAUAGACCAUAUUUUCAAUAUCAUAGGAGCAUUUGAUAUUCCACGCUUUGUGUACAGUUCGGAAAGAAAAAAAUUUCUCCCUCUGUUAAUGACCAAGCACCCUGCACCUAAUUUAUUUGGGACAGCAAGAGAUAAAGCAGAGCUAUUUCGUGAACGAUACACCAUCUUACACCAGAGGACCCACAGACAUGAAUUAUUUACUCCUCCAGUGAUAGGUUCUCACCCUGAUGAAAGUGGAAGCAAAUUCCAGCUUAAAACAAUAGAAACCCUAUUGGGCAGUACAACCAAAAUUGGAGAUGUGAUUAUUCUUGGAAUGAUAACCCAAUUAAAAGAGGGAAAAUUUUUUCUGGAAGAUCCUACAGGAACGUUACAACUAGAUCUUAGUAAAGCUCAGUUCCACAGUGGUUUAUACACAGAGUCAUGCUUUGUCUUAGCAGAAGGUUGGUUUGAAGAUCAAGUAUUUCAUGUCAGUGCCUUUGGAUUUCCACCCACUGAACCUUCUCGUACUACUAGGGCAUACUAUGGAAAUAUUAAUUUUUUUGGAGGGCCUUCUAAUACAUCUGUGAAGACUUCUGCAAAGCUAAAACAACUAGAAGAGGAGAAUAAAGAUGCCAUGUUUGUGUUUAUAUCUGAUGUUUGGUUAGACCAAAUAGAAGUGUUGGAAAAACUUCACACCAUGUUCUCUGGUUAUUCACCAGCACCACCAACUUGCUUUAUUCUGUGUGGUAAUUUUUCAUCUGCACCAUAUGGAACCAAUCAAAUUCAAGCUUUGAAAGAUUCCUUAAAAACUUUGGCAGAUAUAAUAUGUGAAUAUCCAGGUAUUCACCAAAGUAGUCGUUUUGUGUUUGUACCUGGUCCAGAGGAUCCUGGAUUUGGUUCCAUUUUACCAAGGCCCCCACUUUCUGAAAGCAUCACUAAUGAAUUCAGACGAAGAGUACCAUUUUCAGUUUUUACUACUAAUCCUUGCAGAAUUCAGUAUUGUACACAAGAAAUUAUUGUUUUUCGUGAAGACUUGGUGAAUAAAAUGUGCAGAAACUGUGUCCGUUUUCCUAGUAGCAAUCUGGAUAUUCCUAAUCAUUUUGUAAAGACUAUCUUAUCCCAAGGACAUCUGACUCCUCUACCCCUUCAUGUCAGCCCAGUAUACUGGGCAUAUGACUAUGCUUUGCGAGUGUACCCUGUUCCAGAUCUCCUUGUCAUCGCAGACAAAUAUGAUCCUUUCACCUUGACUAAUACUGAAUGCCUCUGCAUAAAUCCUGGCUCUUUUCCAAGAAGUGGAUUUUCAUUCAAAGUUUUUUAUCCUUCCAGUAAAACAGCAGAAGAUAGCAAACUUCAAGGUUUUUGAAAUUCUUAAAGACCAUCUGAAGAAACAAAAUUCAUC